AAUCCCAUGACAGCAGUGUACGCCAUCCCAGCCAGUCGUCCAGGAUACACGGGAUAUUUCAUCUCUACGCCACCCUCCUCCUACCACAGCCCAUCCUGGAUGUCUUACCCCCCUGAACCCGAGGAUGUGCCUCCUCAGUGGACCGAAUCUAUGCCCCUACCAGGCUACGCAGAGGCCUUUCCUCACCCUCAUUAUCCUCAGGGCAGCCCUCUCCUGUGGCACCACCGCCAGGCCGCUCAGGGUGGUCCGGACAAUCCACCCUCCUCCUCCACUGCAGUGUCCCAGCAGAGUCUAGCAGAGCCCAGAGAUCCGAUCAGCCCCAACACCCCCCUCAGUAGCCUUUACACUUCAGCCCUAGUCAAAGCCAUCCGUGAUGAGGUGGCCAAACUGGCCAAGAAGCAAGCAGACAUGUUUGAGUUCCAGGUGUAGAACAUUCUGGUGAAUUCAUGGACCAGCUGCACUGAGACUGAACAGUCUGAUACAUUUACGACUUCUGAUUUCACCGGAUUAAAUAAUUUUUCACUGGAUACUUUUUUUUCCUUUCAGUGAAACACCUGUCUGCUUUUAAUACAGUUUUUGUGUGGUUCUUUUUGCCAUUGUACUAUAACAUUAAUAUGUAAUUAAACAUUUUCUUUAUUGUAGUAUAACAUUAAUAUGUAUUUAAAGUUUUUAUUUAAUGGGACAAUAUGGAAAUCUACAAUUUUCUCAUUUUAGCUGUAUUUUAUGAAAACUGGCAUGGUAAUCAAAAGGAUAGUCCACCUAAAAAUGUAAAUUCUGUCAUGAAUUACACCCCCUCAUGUUGUUCAAA